AUCCUGAGGCUUUAGUUGAAGACCUGAUGGAAUUUCAGAAGUUCCAGGUGAAGCACAUGCCGUCGAAGAAGAUGUUCUUCGUGGUGCGGACGAGUCGGGUCGACUAUCAAGAGUGGUGGUGCGCGGCCAAACAGGUUGUGCGCUUCUACGAGAUACACCCGCCCGAUCCCAACUUUGCCACCGCCUGCUUCAAGGUGGUGUUCUCGCGUGCAGGCCCCUCCGCCGCUCCCUGGCAGCUCUACGACCACCGCCUGCCCUUCGGAAUGCAUAUCCCGCCGACGGACGGGUUGGACAAGAUGGCGUCGUUGGGGGAGGCGACCGCGUGGCUGCGCGCGGUGCUGACUCUGCUGCUCGCCCACGAGGAGCGCGAGGUCGCGAUUCAGCAGCUGCGCCAAGACCGCCAGCGCUUCGCAGACCCCAGCACACAGGCCAAGUUUGAGGGAGAUUGUAGCCUGCUCCCCGGGGAUGUGGAGUUGUACAGCCACACGAAACGGCUGCGUCCCAUGGAGAAGGUCCUCCAAGUCGUCCUUGAGGAUGUAAUGAAGACUGGUCGUGCCAGUUCUUCGCGGGUGCACUUGGACUCUCCGCUGGUGGAGUUGGUGCGCGGAUGGUGGGACGCACUGGUGUUCGUGUUGGCUGGAGCCGAAGCUGCCGUCGCCGCCGACGCCGCAGCAGCCGCCGACGCAGCCGAAGAGGCCCGCACCCCGUCCUCCCCUAGUACAUCUGUGAGCUCCUUCCCCAGCCUCAUCGUCUCCCCGUGCAAGCCGGCGGGCGUCGACACCCGUCUCCCCACACCCAUCAGGUCACAACCCGGCAGCUCCCCACCCCGCAGCUCCCCACCCUGCAGCCUUGCAUCCCGCCGUUCACGUCGUCCCCCCACACCAUACAGAGCCACACCCCGCAGGUCAUCAUCACCGGGCAGCUCCCCACCCUGCAGCCCUGCGCCCCGACGUGCCCGUCGUCCCCCCACACCCUAUCGAGCCAUAUCCAGCACCCCUACACCCCAGAGCACGCCACCCAGCAGCUCCCCACCCCACAGCCCUACGUCCCCCCGCCCCACAUCCUACCUACCGAAACCCCUUAGCCCCUCGCCGCUUUUGCUGGCGUCAAGGCGUCUCGCUUUUCACAGACCCUCACCCCAAUACUGCCCACCCCUCUACCCCCUCCCUCUCAGCCCUUCACCACCUUUGCUGGCGGUGCAAGCCCCCACGCCCCGCAGCACCCCACCGCUGGCCUCGAGGCGCCACACCCCCCAGAGCCCGCGACUCGAUGCCCCCACUGCCGGUGUUCCGCAAGGUUCCACUCCCAGGAAGCGCGGACGACUCUCCGGCCCUCGCCGGAAGCUCCUCACGACCAGCACUGACACCGACCGCAGCAGGGCAGGGUAA